GAGUGUUCCUGGAGUUGUCCACGAGUGAGUGUCACUUCAUCAACGGCACCGACCGCGUCAGGUUCGUGGAGAGAUCCAUCUACAACCGGCAGCAGUACGUCCACUUCGACAGCGAUGUGGGGGUCUUAGUGGGGGACACCCCACAUGGGGAGGAGAUUGCCAGGAUCUGGAACAGCAACUCGAACUGGCUGGAGGAGACGAGAGCUCAGGCGAACAUGUUCUGUUGGCCCAACUACAAAUUAUCGAAACGCUUCCUGGUGAACCGCAGAGUGCCCCCCAGCGUGUCCAUCUCACUGGUGCCGUCGAGCUCCCAGCCCGGUCCUGGCCGCCUGCUCUGCUCCGUGAUGGAUUUCUACCCUGCGCCGGUGCAGGUGAGGUGGUUCCAGGAUGGGCAGGAGCUGCCGGAGCACGUGGUGGCCACCGACGUGGUCCCCAACGGGGACUGGACCUACCAGGUGCUGGUGAUGCUGGAAAUGCCCCCCCGGCGCGGGGUCACCUACACCUGCCAG